GUGUCUAAUUUAGAGAAUGUGUAGCAGGAGCUGGCUGGUCAGGAUCAGGAGCCUAAUUCUCUGUCAGACGUUAUAAAUGUGUGUGCCUGCUUCUGUCUCUCACUGAGGGGAGUGUCACAGAUGCUGCUGCUGCUAUAAACACAGCAGAGACAAGAGGACAACAAGAAAAGCAGCAGAGGACACAACUUCAGCAGGGCUCAUGGAGAGAUCGUCUUCAGUCGUCCAGCCUGUCCGACAGAAACAUCCUGGAAAAACAAAGGAGGUGGAUGAGAAGAAGGAAGGGAAGCUGCAGGUGGAGCAGGAAGCCACAGAUGAAGCAUUAGCAGAUCAGAAAGUGAUGGCCGGUGAAGCUCAGGACAGGAGGAACAUCUGGGAGCCGAGUGUUUACUACGCACUGGGAAAGGAGACUUUUUAUUUUGCUGGUCACGACAUCAGCAUCCGCGAGUCCCUGGACACAUACGGCGCUCUGAUCUGGCCCGGGGCCAUAGCUUUGUGCCAGUUCUUGGAGAACAACCAGCAACAGGUGAGCCUGACGGACAAAGCAGUGCUUGAGAUUGGAGCUGGAACCGGUCUGCUCUCUAUAGUGGCCAGUCUGCUGGGUGCUUGGGUGACGGCUACCGACCUGCCGGACAUCUUGUCUAAUCUGACCUUCAACCUCCUGCGGAACACCAGGGGUCGGUCCCUCUACAGCCCUCAGGUGACCUCCCUCUGCUGGGGUCAGGACCUGCAGCGAGACUUCCCCUACCCGUCCUUCCACUACGACUACGUUCUGGCAGCCGACGUGGUCUAUCACCACGACUGCCUGCAGGAACUGCUGCAAACCAUGCGUCACUUCUGCCGACCAGGAAGCCGAACGACUCUGCUGUGGGCCAACAAGAUGCGCUUCCAGUCAGACCUGAGGUUCGCAGAGAGCUUUGAGAGCAGCUUCAACACCACGCUGCUCACUGAGCUGCCCCAGCAGGAGGUGAGGAUCUACAAGGCCACAGCCAAGUGAGACGGCAGCUUCCUGAGAUGUGAAAGAAUUUCAGGUUCACUUUUGAGGAAAACAGGAAAUUACAUUUUUCCAUUU